UAACCAAACCUGUUUGUUCCUGCAGAUCCACGAUGUUCCAGCUGUUCCCCGGUCACAUCCAGCCAGUUGGACUCCGAGGCCGUAAAACCCGUCUGGUGACCAAAGAUGGGCAUUGCAACAUUGAGUUUGGCAACAUUGAAUGCAGUAAUCACUUUGCAUACCUGGUGGACUUCUGGACCACAUUUGUGGAGAUCCGUUGGCGGUUUGUCCUCUUGCUGUUUGUGGCAACAUUUACAGGCAGCUGGUUCGUUUUCAGUCUUCUUUGGUACUGGAUUGCAAAGAGUAACGGGGAUUUGGUUGGACAGAACCGUACCGAGGGACACGUCCAGUGUAUAGACAAUGUUAACGACCUAAUGACAGCGUUCCUGUACUCAUUAGAGACCCAGACCACCAUUGGAUAUGGCGGCAGGGCACUAACUGGGCACUGUGCUGGCACAGUGGCUCUGAUCGUCAUUCAGUCUCUAAUCGGAGUCUUCAUUAACUGUUUUAUGUGCGGCGUCAUCUUGGCCAAGAUCUCCUUACCCAAAAAAAGGGCAAAGACGGUCACUUUCAGUGACACAGCUGUCAUCUGUUUGAAGAAAGAAAGCUUGUGUCUCCUCAUCAGAGUGGCUAAUCUUCGCAAGACGUUACUGAUUGGAAGCCAAAUCUACGGAAAGCUGCUGAGAACGACAACCACACCAGAUGGAGAGACCAUCAUAUUGGAUCAGGUGGACGUUGACUUCAUGGUUGAUGCUGGGAAGGAUAACUUGUUCUUCGUCUGCCCUCUCACCCUCUACCACAUCAUCAACAAAUCAAGUCCCUUCUACGAGCUGUCGGCGGACACUCUUCCUCAGCAGGACUUUGAACUGGUGGUCUUUUUGGACGGGAUGGCCGAAUCCACCAGUUCUUCCUGCCAAGUCCGAACCUCCUACAUCCCUCAGGAGAUUCAGUGGGGCUACAGCUUCCUGCCUAUUAUUUCUCGCACUAAGACAGGGAAGUACCGCGUGGAUUUCUCCAACUUUUCCAAAAGCGUCCAGGUCACCACGCCUCACUGCAUCCAGUGCUCUCAGGCAGAUGUAGACCAGAAGAACCACAAUAAAGACGGCCACAGUAACCAGCAGAAGCAGGGCAUCGACAACCCGGGGUUCCAAAUAAUCGAAAUUCACAACCCGAUGGACAUCACCAAAAUGUGAGCUGCUUGGAGAGUUCCGUUCACGUGGAGCUCUGCUAGAGUCCGCAGGCUUCAGAAUGAAAGCCAGUAAAGCUCCUUCCAACAGCUAACAGUUCAAUUCUCGUCAACUCUUUUACCUUCAGCAGCAAAAAAAGCUGAGAGCUGAUCAUGACAGGAUAAACUUUUGUAGAGAGCAGCAGUUCGGCUGCUCAUUAAACUGCAGUUGGAACUUGGCAUGAAGAAAGUGUAGAAGACAGUUUGAAACUCUGACACACUCAAAUAGGGUAAACAGUGAAAGGCACAGUGGGUAGUUCUUGAAGAGAUUAUGGCCUGAGCCCCCUCUAAUGAAAAGCUGCAGUGUAAGGCCUGACACAGGAGUUCGCUCAUUAUUUUUACUUUAUAACACAAAUUCCCUCUGUGGGUUUUUUCAUGUUAAAAGAUGUUUCAUUAAUAAGGAAACUUGGAGCAUAUCUGCUAGUACUAAGAUGUCAUGUUGGCUGGUCUGGAUGUUGUCUCAGGGAAAAUUCUCUUAAAAUUAAACCCUUUAUAUUGCAAAUUGAAAUAUUGCCCGUCAUUGACUCA